AUGUACUGCAAUGACAGCAGCUCCCAGAGUCCCUGCUGGUUCCUGGGCGAGGAGGCCACGCUGCACCUGCGAGCCACCUACCUGGGCUGCCUGCUGGCGCUGGGGCUGCCCCUCAACGGGGCGGCGCUGUGGGUGCUGUGCCGGCGCCUGCGGGUGUGGACGGAGACCCGCGUGUACAUGGCCAACCUGGCGCUGGCCGACCUGUGUCUGCUGUGCACGCUGCCCUUCUUCCUGCGCUCCCUGCAGGAGCUGGGGGACACGGCCUUCUGCCGGCUGUCCCAGGGCGUCUACCUGGCCAACCGGUACAUGAGCAUCGGACUGACGGCGGCCAUCGCCCUGGACCGCUACGUGGCCGUGCGCCACCCCCUGCGCGCCCGCGGGCUGCGCUCGCCCCGCCAGGCCCUGGCCGUGUGCCUGGGGCUCUGGGCGCUGGUGGCCGGCUCCCUGCUGGCCCGCGGGCUCCUGGCCUCUCACCGCGGUGGCUUCUGCUUCUCCAGCGGCGCCCCAGGGCCCUCGCCCACCGUGGCCUUCUCCCUGGUCGGCUUCUACCCGCCCCUGGCCGUGCUGGCCUUCUGCUCCCUGGGCGUGGUGGCAGGCCUGGUGCGCCGGCCUCCGGGGGACCCCGCGCAGGCCCGGGCCAGCUGCCGCGCGGCCCGCAUGGUGCUGGCGCACCUGGCCGUCUUCCUCGUCUGCUUCCUGCCCCUGCACGCCGUGCUCACCGCCUGCCUGGCCCUGGGCACGCUGCCCUGCGGCAUCCGCUGCGCCCUGGCCGCCACCGCCAAGCUCUCGGACGCCAACUGCUGCCUGGACGCCGUGUCCUACUACUACAUGGCCAGCGACUUCCGCCAGGCGGCCAGGCCCACGCCGCACCGCCCCAGCCCCCAGCCCACCCGGGACACGCUGAGCGUGACCGUGGCCUAGAGCCUAGAGCCUAGAGCCUAGAGCCCGGCCGGCCGGGGCUGUGGGGGGCUGGCUCCCGCGGGGGCGCCCACCUGGAUGAGGAGGUACUGGCCACGUGGACCCUGGGACAGACAGACAGGCCUGCGGCAGGGUGGACGCCCCUGACCAACAUGGAACUGGACGCCCCUGGCCACGUGGGACUCAGGGUAACUACAAGCCCUGAGGCAGGAUGGACGCCCCUGACCUCAUGGAACUGGGGGCCACUCACUGACCAACAGAGAGCCUGGGGAGCCUUACAAGGCCGGAGGCGGCACGGCUGCCCUGACCACAUGGCGCCCUGGGACCUGACAGGCCUGAGGCAGGAUGGACGCUGAGGACUGACAUGGAGCUGGACCCCAGACCAUGGGCCCGGGGGGCUCACUCUCCAGAGCUCUGUGUGGGCAGGACCACCAAGGUGGGGACGUGGCCACUGCAGAGCUGCGACAGGAGGGGGCAGGCAAGGCUGAGCCUGGGGGCCCCAUGGGUGGACAGCUGGUCUCUGGCUCACAGGGGCCCCAGGAGGGCACCUGCUGGCUCUGGGGGCGCUCUGGCCCCUGACCCCCUCCAAUAAAUCUGUCCUCCGAGAAGGCCGCAGGGCGUGUGCUUCUCUCCUGCUCAGAAACCGGGUGGGGGCCUGUGAGGGCCACGGGGUCCCCUCCAGGGGGCCCCCUCACUCCAUCUGCUCCCCAUGCCCCCCAGACACCCGUCCAGGAAGGGUCUGUUCAGAUCACCGGUGGGUCCCUCCUGCCCCA